UCAAUUUUAAAGUCUUUGCUUUCUAUAGAUCAUAUUUACCAAACCCAACUAAACAAAUGUAUAUUUUCACUACACUGAAAACGAAGUGUUCCUCCUUGCUCCAAUUAUUCCUCGGAUUGGCUCUUCUGUUGGGCGUAUCCAAAUCCGAUCCGGAUCCACUUCAAGAUUACUGUAUUGCAAAUAAUAAAAGUCCACAGUCUUUCUUUGCAUCUAGUACACCCUGCAUUGACCCAAAUCAAGCAGUGGUUUCCCACUUUGUCACCUCCAUUUUAUCCGAGCCCGGAAAUACGAGUGGCAAUCUGUUCGGGUCCAGUAGAACACUGACCAACACUGUUAAUUUUCCUGGGCUCAACACCAUGGGCCUAGCCAUGGCUCGACUCGACCUAGCGGCCGGUGGCAUCAUCCCGCCUCACAUGCACCCACGAGCUUCGGAAGUAACCAUUUGCCUCAAAGGUCCACUUACUGUGGGCUUUGUCGACUCCUCCGACCGCCUAUUUAUGCAAAUAUUACAGCCCGGUGACUCAUUUGUCUUUCCUAAGGGUUUGAUCCAUUUUCUCUAUAAUCCAAACUCAAAGACCCCGGCACUAACCUUGUCUGGGCUCAAUAGCCAGAGCCCUGGUUUUCAUCUAACAUCAGUAGCCACAUUUGCAUCCAAACCUGAAAUUCCUGAUGAGGUAUUGAAGAAGGCAUUUCAAAUUAAUGACCAAGAUGUCAAAAGGAUUCGCAAUAACCUCAAAGAGGUUGACUAUGCUUGCUUAUGCAAAUAAGAUGCUUGCUCACAAGGUCAUAUGUAUUGAGAGGGUCAUUAGAAACCCCCACUUGUUUCACAUAAAAUGGAUUAUUAUCCAACUCUCAUAUUAUAAUCCUAUUGUUUUCAAUAAAAAAUUACCCAAUCUUUGACACAUUCUGGUAGAUCCUAUUAUUACCUGCGGAUCUUGUUCCCU